CAAAUGCAUCGCUGUUUACAAUCACUUUCCUCACAAAUUACUCACUUUUUUGCUCUAAGUUACUCUAACGUUGUGAUAAAUCAUUUUUUUUAUUGUUUGAAAGAUUGAAAGGCGACCAAAAUAAUGACGAUCGAAAUGGAUUUGCAAGCGACAAUUCAACAGGAAUUUAAAAUGAUUGCUGAAUUAAAAAUGAUUCAAAAAGAAAAUAUCGGCGGAAUUUAUGUGAUUCCAUCGUUUGAAAGUUCGUUUGUUUGGUUCGGUGUGAUCUUUGCUCGGAGUGGGUACUACAAAGAUGGCAUUUUUCGAUUUAAUAUUUCACUGCCCAAAGAUUUUCCAAACACAACCGAUGCUCCGACGGUCAUAUUUCAAAGUGAAUUGAUACAUCCAUUGAUCUGUCCAUACACCGGAAUUUUGGGUAUAUCAGAUGCAUUUCCAACAUGGAAUCCAACGGAGCAUCAUCUUUGGCAAUUGCUAAAAUACAUUCAAUUCAUAUUUACGCAUCCGGUGGCCUGUUUGAAUAGUAAUACUGUAAAAAUAUCAAAUCAAGACGCUGCCGAACUGAUUCGAAGCCAAAAUCUCACCGAAUUCGAAGAAAAGGUGAAAGAAUGUGUACGCAUAAGCAAAGAUAAAAUCUAUGACAAUCCACCAACCGAAGAUAAACACUAUAUAACAUUUAGCAUGUUUGACGACGAAAUUCAUCGAAUUGUUUUAGAUAAAAUAAAAAAUAAAUGUGACACCACAUCAGCAUCGCCGCCGCCAUCUGGACUAUCAUGGGUGAAUGAAGGUGAAUUCAAAGCGCUUCGAAAAUAAAUGACACUACAUGUUUAUAUAGUUUUCUACACAAAUUUAAUCGAGAUUCUUUUUUUUAGUAUUCUAACAUUUGAUAUAAGCGACAAUUUUAUGAUAACAUUUGGUUAUCACACUCAAACAUUUACUGUUAACAAUGAACUUUUUUUUAUUUUGUGUGUAUAUUUUUCAUGGAACAUUUCAUUUUGAUUGGAAUAAAACGGAAAUUUUAAAGGA